AUAAUCACGUAUUUCAAUCUGUAAGGGACUUAUCAGGACGGAUUCUAUUGGGAUUAUAUUCAUUAUCUGAGUCAAAUAGAGGGUUUCAAGCAAUUAACAAGAAUGGGGGAUUUCAAGACAAUUGGCUUGGUCCUAAUGUUAAUCAUUAUAGGAUUCGAAGGGACCAGUGCAGCAGUCAACUGUACCGAUAACGCGGGCUGCCGAUACGAAGAGACUUGUGAGUCGGGUACAUGCACCUGUCCAGCUAAUUUAACCUGUGACGGAGUCAACUGUACCGAUAACGCGGGCUGCCGAUACGAAGAGACUUGUGAGUCGGGUACAUGCACCUGUCCAGCUAAUUUAACCUGUGACGGAGUCACCUGUACCGUUGACGCGGGUUGCGAGAACGGAAAGACUUGUGAGUCGGGUACGUGCACCUGUCCAGCUAAUUUAACCUGUGACGGAGUCAACUGUACCGAUAACGCGGGCUGCCGAUACGAAGAGACUUGUGAGUCGGGUACAUGCACCUGUCCAGCUAAUUUAACCUGUGACGGAGUCAACUGUACCGAUAACGCGGGCUGCCGAUACGAAGAGACUUGUGAGUCGGGUACAUGCACCUGUCCAGCUAAUUUAACCUGUGACGGAGUCACCUGUACCGUUGACGCGGGUUGCGAGAACGGAAAGACUUGUGAGUCGGGUACGUGCACCUGUCCAGCUAAUUUAACCUGUGACGGAGUCACCUGUACCGUUGACGCGGGUUGCGAGAACGGAAAGACUUGUGAGUCGGGUACGUGCACCUGUCCAGCUAAUUUAACCUGUGACGGAGUCAACUGUACCGAUAACGCGGGCUGCCGAUACGAAGAGACUUGUGAGUCGGGUACAUGCACCUGUCCAGCUAAUUUAACCUGUGACGGAGGUAAGAUUUCUUCAAACCUCCUACCUUUCAACUCAGGCUUCGCAUUUCCAUUCCAUUCGAUCCCCGAUGAAAAGUCACAAUGUUAA